AUGAAUCAUUUAUCUGCAAAUUGCUCAACAUUAAAUAUUAUUGGUGAAAUACCUUUAGAAAUAAAUGUUAAUGGAAUAAAAACAACAAUUAUUGCUGAUGUUACAACAAAUCUUGUUACAAAUUUAAUAUUAGGUAGUGAUUGGAUCCAAUCAAACAAUGUUUAUAUUCUUACACCUGAACAACGAAUUAUGAUUCGAAGUCGAGGUAAAGAAGUAUCAACUCCUUUUGUAAAACCACCUCUUUUAAAUUAUCCAGUUACUCUUACUAAUCAUAUUACUCGUCCUCCUUUUUCAGAAAAAAUAGUAGAAGCACAAGUUCAACAUUACAAUAUGAUAGAUGUAUUAUUUGAAGCAAAUCCUCGAUUAAAAAAUAAAGCAUUAUUUACUGCAACUGCAUUACUGAACAUUGAAAAUAGACGAAUAAAAAUUAGUAUAAUUAAUGCAACGAAUCGACAACAAACACUUUCCGAAGGAACCAAAUUAGGUAUAGUGACACAAUUAUCUUCUACAAUUGGUGUUACCAUACCAUCAAAUUAUUUGAUAGAACGCAUUCCGGAAGGAAAAGCGUGUAAAGAGCUCAUUCCUGAAGGGAAAGGAGCGAAUAAAUCAAAUAAAUUAAAUGGUAACAACAUACCAACGAUAACACCACAUGGAAAACAACAUCAAUGUCGUAAAUGUUAUCAACAUUUUGAUACUAGCAAUGAAUUAUUCAAGCAUCUUAGAAAUCAAUGUUAUCCUGACGAAAUAAGACAGCAAAUAAAUAAAUUAACUGAACAUAUUAGCGAUGAUAAACAACGAGAACAAAUUUUAAAAAUUUUAUGGAAAUAUGGAAAAUUAUUUGACAUUAGUGAACCAUCAAAAAUUGAUAUAAUCUUAAAAAAUGCUAUUGAUACUGGUACACACCGUCCUGUUCAUACUCCACCAUAUAGAAAAUCAAACAAAGAUCAGGAAACCUUAAGAAAAGAAACAGAUAAAUUAUUAAAAAAUGGAAUUAUUGAAAAUUCAACAUCACCAUGGUCUUCACCUGUUGUUUUAGUAAAUAAGAAAGAUGGAACAACAAGAUUUUGUCUCGAUUAUCGUCGUUUGAAUCAAAUGACAACAAAAGAUGCUUUUCCACUACCAAGAAUCGAUGAUAUUUAUGAUCAAUUAACAAAAGCAACAUAUUUUACGAAAUUCGAUUUUAAAGCUGGAUAUUUUCAAGUACCAUUAGACAAAUUAGAUCGACCAAAAACAGCAUUUUCAACUCGAGAUGGACAUUUUCAAUUUAAAGUAUUACCACAAGGUCUUACUAAUGGACCACCAACAUUUCAACGAAUUGUUAAUCAAAUAUUAGGUCCAAAUAGAACAGAAAUAUUAUUUCUUGGACAUUUAAUUAAAGCUGGUACUAUUAAACCUGAUCCAGACAACAUCCGUGGUUUAACUGAUACAUGUGAACCGACAUCACCUGAAGAAGCAUUUAGAUUCGUCAAAGCAGCAGAAUAUUACCGAAAAUUUAUUCCAAAAUUUUCCACCAUCGCUGCACCAUUACAUAAAUAUUCUCCAGCAACAGUACAACAACAAAAGAACAAUAAAAAAUUAAAAUUUGAAUUAUCUGCUGAAGCUAGAACAGCAUUCCACCAACUCAAGAAAAUAUUAACAACUGAUCUUAUUCUCGAUUUACCUGAUGAUGCAUUAUUAUUUAAAUUACAAACUGAUGCUUCUGUAGAUGGAAUUGGUGCUGUUCUAUUACAAAUUACUCCCAAUGGUGAUCGACCAUUAGCAUAUAUGUCCAAGAAAUUAACAAAAGCACAAACUAAGUGGCCAACAAUUGAACAAGAAUGUUAUGCAAUAGUACAAGCAAUAGAAAAAUGGGACAAAUAUCUUCGUGGACAUGAAUUUAUGUUAGAAACUGACCAUGAACCAUUAAUUCAUUUUACAAACAAAGAACAAUUAAAUAAAAGAUGUGAACGAUGGCGAUUAAAAUUAGCUGAAUAUCGAUUUAAGGUGAAACAUAUUCAAGGUAAGAAAAAUUAUAUGGCAGAUUAUCUUUCAAGAUCACCAGUCGACAUAGCUGAAGAA